AAAACGUAACACGAAGAAUUACGAAACAAAAAAACAACGCGACGUGCGUUUUUGAAACAUUCAAACGACGUGAUGGUAAACUACAGAGAAGGCCUUAUCCUUCCUCCAAGCCUCUAUACACUAUUCGUCUAAGCUUUAACUAAAAUCAAUGGCUUCCACUUCCACACUUCUUCUUCAAUCUCUCUCUUCUACUAAUCUUCACAUCACAGUCCCAACAAGAACCUACAGCGUCGUUCGUAGAACAUUCAAAUUUACAACGAAAUGUUCAUCAAAACCAGAGCCAAAAGAUCAGUUCCUCGAUCUCACGCCCGCACCUGAAUCAAUCAACACAACAAGCGCAGAGAAGUUCCCAAUAGAGAAACGAAGAAGAUCAGAGAUCGUACGAGACAGAACACAAAGAGGAAUCGAGAAACCAGAGCCACCAAACUUCGAGAUUGGUUGGAAAAGAACAAAAGAGAUCAACUUGGAGAAACCUAAAGGUUAUGUAAUAAUGGAUUUUUUAGAGAAGUUCGAAGCUUUAAUGGCGAGAGAUUUCGGUUCGAAGGAGCUUUUAGCUAUAGCUGGUGAGAUAGUCGCAGAGAGAGCUAGAGAAGAAGCUGAGGUUUUGAGAGAUGAUGGUAAAGUUGAAGAGAGAAUGGUCACUGAGCUCUUUAGGGUUUUGAAGUUGAUGGAGAUGGAUUUAGCUAUGGUUAAAGCUUCUGUUAAAGAAGAAACUUUGAAUGAGAGGAUUGAACAAGCUAGAGCUAGGUGUAGACAAGCUAUUCUUGUUGCUAAUUCUUUCUAAUUCCUUCUUCUUUUUAUAUUAUUAUUACACAAAACAGAGCUCCAUCAUCUAUAAAAGAUCUUUUUUUUUUUU